AUGAAAGCACUUGCGUUUAUACUCCUCUCCAUAUUUUCUCAGUUUUCGCGUGUUUACGCAUUGUCACCGGCCUUCAUAGACUGCCAGCUUCAAAAACCCGCAUCGUCAUCACCUUUGGAAGGAUGUCCUGCAGGCACUCUCUACGUUUCUCCGAGCGACUCACGCGCAAAUUAUACCAGUGUUCAGCAGGCUGUCUUAUCGCUACCCGACUCAGGCGAUGCUACAAUCCUUGUCGGGGCUGGCGAAUACUUUGAGAUGGUCAACGUCACACGAACAGAUCCCUUGACACUUUUGGGCCAACUGGAUCCCUCCACGGCAUUUGAUCCAGCUGGUAAUGCAUCUACUCGCAACCUUGUACAAAUCUGGAACAACUUAUAUGUCAAGGAUAACUUGACCGACGAAGAGACAGCAACUCUGACCGUGGCACCCGCCGGCCAGCCUUUCGGCAAUGUUAAUUUCAGAGCUUAUAACAUUGACUUUGAGAACCGUGCUGCCAACUACUCCAUAUCUCAAGCUCUGGUGACAUCAAUCAUGUAUGCCAAUGCUUCGUUCUAUGGAUGUGCGUUUGCAAGCUAUCAAGAUACAUGGUACACGGGCCAUGGAGCGAGUACCUACGCUGUCGAUAGUAUUAUUUAUGGUCAAACAGAUUAUCUCUUCGGGUUUGGCACAGCAUGGUUCCAAUCCGUCACGCUUGCUAACCGUGCUUGUGGCGGAGGUAUAACAGCGUGGCAAGGAACCAACGAUACCAGAUACGGAGCUUAUAUCUCCGACUCUAGAAUCAUACGGUCACCGGACGCGAACGCUACUACAGUGACGGACUAUUCGUGCUACCUGGGUCGUCCUUGGAAUGUUCUUGCUGUAGCAGUGUACCUUCGAACGUAUAUGGAUGAAAGUAUUCAACCCGUAGGUUUCACUCCCUGGGAUGGCGAAACCACGGUCCCAAAUACAACUUACUAUGCAGAAUAUGAUUCAUAUGGUUUGGGAGGGAAUACGUCGGCAAGGGUACCACAGGAUCACAUCUUGACAAACAUACAAGCACAAAACUUUACGAUGGAUGAUGUUUUCUUGGGUAGACCAUCGUGGAUCGAUUACGAAUAUGUUUAUUGA